AUGUACCCAAGAGAUGCGUUCAGUGAGAUCAUACUCGAGAAAACCAAAAAGUGGCUAGAAAUGGAUACUAAGCAAUUCGAAGACAAUGUAUUGGCAUCUCCUUUGGCAAUGAAAAUUAUACGAAGGACACUUGAUGUUGGAAGUAGUGAUGUCUCUAUUCCAGUUAAACUGUUCCAUUCCAGGUCUAUUCCUGUUCUGUUCCAUGGUAUGGAAUAG